CACCAUGAUGCCGCUGCGUAAGAACAGCAUUUUGCUUCCUGUGUUGAACACACAUCGGCUCAUCUCUUCCAAUCGUACGACCAGCUCAAUUUACACAAUGGCUUCAGCAGCUUCAACGCAGGUGCACCGCGUCACAAUGUUCAAGGUUCCAGACUCGAGCAACAUCCAACCUAUCCUGGACAAAUAUACCACAUUGGCACAAGAGGCAAAGAAGGACGGCAAACCAUAUAUUCUUCGAUGCGUAGCAGGACCAGCAGUCAACGAUGCAAGAAGUCAAGGCUAUACCCUCGCAGCUCAAACGACAUUUGCUAGUCUGGAUGACAUGAAGUUUUAUGAUAUUGAAUGCGAGGCACAUGCGGCGUUGAAGGCAGUGGCUAAGGGCAAGGUUGAGCCCCCACCAUUAGUAGUGUACUUUGACAGUGCCGUUGGUGAAUCCUCUUGAGGAUCCGAUGGUGGGGAAAGACUCGUCUCUACAAGAAAUAUGGUCAUGGCAGUUUGGCCUGGUCGAGACGGGGUUUGGAAAUGGUCAAGAAUGGUCAAUGAUAUAAGGUGCGGAGUUUAGACGGACAUGAUGGGAGAUGGUCCAAGCUUAAUGUGCAUCUCAAACAUGCAGCACGUCACAAAUUCAAAGAAUAUUAUCCAACACCA